AUGGCUUCUGGAUCAGUAACAAAAGAAAUAGAAUCGCGUAUUAAACAAUCACCAGAACAUCUUUUUGAAGUUUUCCUUGAAAUUCAUCAACCGAUUAACAAUGAACCACCUGCAAUAUUAAUUCAGUAUCCCGAUGAUUUCUCAGAUCAAAUACUAAAAACAGCAGCUAAUUUUGUAUAUCCAUGUCGAAUUUCAUUAGAUGAUCAAAGUGAAUAUUUCACAUUUGUUGUUCUUGAUUCAACAAGUUUAAUAUUUCGUUUUGGAUAUUGUCGUCGAUCGAAUCGAGAGCCUACGCGUUUAUGUAUAAUCAGUUAUUAUCCAUGGUUUGAAACAUUCUGUAAUAUACUCAAUGAUCUUUCGCAAAUAAUUAAUACGAAAUCGCCUGCAGAAGUCGAAGCGUUUCUAUUGUCACUAUAUAAUUAUAAAGUUACAUCCAUUGAAGAUUUUUAUAAAAAUGAUGGCAAAGAAAUGAUUGAAAUAAACAAUAAUUCACAACUUUAUAGUUAUUCUCGUCCUGAUCAACGUAAACUUCCUUCAAUGCUAUCUAAUAGUAAUUUUACAAUUAUGUUGUCUCGAUUGGGUCCCGAUCUUAUCUUACGUCUUUUUGCACAUUUGAUUUUCGAACGCAGAAUCUUAUUUAUUUCAUCAAAACUCUUUCAUUUAACUGCAUGUGCUUGUGGUUGUUUACAUUUAAUCAAUCCCAUGCAUUGGCAAAGUAUUUUUUUACCGAUUCUACCCGAGUCUAUGACAUGGACGGCACAAUGUACAGCACCAUAUAUUAUUGGAAUGCAUUCAAGUAUUUAUUCGAAAAUGAACAAAAAUGACUUAGGGGAUGUAAUAAUAGUAAAUAUUGAUGAUAGAACAAUUCGAUCUCAAUAUGACGAUCUGAGUUUAUUUCCUAAGCAUUUAAUACGUAGCAUGAAAAAAGAUAUUCAACAAUCAUCAGAACACAGUGAAGAUCAUUUAGCUAGAAUUUUUCUUCGAGCUAUGGUAUUUAUUUUUGGAAAUUAUUCAAGUGGAUUUGUAAUAAAAAAUGAUACAUUAGAUUUUGACAGAGGUGUUUAUUUGAAACAAUAUCAUAGAUCUGAGUUACAAACAUUUAUGACUUCGAUUGUAAAUACACAAAUGUUUGAACAAUUUUCACGGUAUCGAACGUAUGUCGAACAUCAACAUGACGAUCAUUUAGAUGAAUUCGAUAUUGAACUAAAACGUUUCGAACAAAUUCAUCAAUUGAAAAAACCCAAUGUUAACAAACAAGUGUACAAAAAUCUCGAAAAUACGAACCAUUCACGUAUUGACCCAACUAAAACUGAAAAAGUACAAACUAUAAUAAAUAAAUCGGAUGAUAAUGUAGUAAAUCCGAGUUUAUCGACAAUAACAAAUGUCACAUCAUCGAAUGUAGCUUCAAAUCAUCAAACCGUUCAACAGUCAAGCUCAUCAACGGUAUUAUUACAUUCUUCAAAUUCGAAAUUUGAUUCAGAUGACACUUAUCUAUUAAUCGAUUUCAAUACUGAUAAAAAUUCGUCAUCGCUUCUUCCUACCGAAUCAAAUGUAAAUAAAAAAAUAGUCGUUUCUGAAAUUGCUCAUAUAUCGCCAAAAAUAAAUUCAAAAAUGAACGACUCACAAAAUGAACUUCAAACAUUUGAUCCAACUAAUGACGAAUCUAAUGAAAUCAACGAACUUAUUCAACAAUUUGAUCCACUUAAUCAUUCAAUAGAAGUCAAUAAAACACCAUCGACAGAUAUUGCUCGUUUAACACCAUCAAUAUAUCCUUCUAUUUCGUUGUCAGAGGCGAAUGAAUCGAAUCUAAUUGAUCUGGCAUAA